GCCGGGGAAAGCAGGUAUUUGCUGACGCGAACGCACCUCAGAGCAAACCCUGCGCUUCGGGAGAAGACUCGCUCCAGGUCAAAAGGGACCAGGAGAGAAUGCUCCCAUGGAGAAGUUCCAGAAAUUCAUUUUACUUCCUUUCAUCUUAACUGCCUCGCUAACAGGUCUUGGCUUUUGUUCUUCUAUUAUAACUGGCCCUACUAAUGCGACAGUCCUUGUUGGUUCAGAAGCCCGAUUUAAUUGUACCGUGUCGUUAAGAUGGGUAAUUCUAUGGCUGUCAAAGGGAAGUCCUGUCCUCACUGUGGUUAAUCCUCAAGGAGCUAUUGUAACAUCAGACCGCUUCACCUCUCAAAAUUAUACCAGCAGUACUGGGUUUACCUCAGAGCUGAUCAUUCACGACACGCAGCUGAGUGACUCUGGUACAAUAGUGUGCAGCACCCAGCAGCCUAAUGAGAGCACCUUUGCGUUUCUUUCUGUUCAAGUUAAUGGAUCUUUAGUCAUCAAAAAUAGCACCUUUACAGUAAAAGAGAACAAAACAGUUGAAAUUGUUUGUGAAGCCUUAGGAUGGGCUCCAGCUCCAGACAUUACCUGGAUGACAAACGACUCUUUCAUAGAUAAGUCGAGGUAUGUUACCAAGCAAAGUCAAGGAUCUAAUGGCCUUCACAAUGCCAUGAGCAUCUUAACUUUGACUCCGACGGACACUGAGAUUUUGACUUGUUUAGCUGAUAUAGAAGCACUCCCUAGCCCUCAGAAUGCAACUGUAACUGUUUUUUUUCUCAACUCUACUCUAGAAAGUGAGCACAGCGAAGACAACACAAGCACAUGGGUUAUUGUACUUGCAGUCGUAUUGUCACUUGUUGGUUUUAUUCUUCUGAUCUUUAUUAUUGGGGUUGUCAUACGCUGUUUCUGCCAAAAGAAGAAAGGCUCCACAUAUCAAAAUGAGAUAAGAAAAGUUUCAGCUAAGAAGAAAAAUGGCGGCCAUUUGCAAAACAGCCAAAGAAAUGGUAAUGAAAAUCGUGGAUACAUUCCGGAGGAGCCAAAGUACACAGAACACAUCCCAAGAAUUGUCUCACUUCCCCCAAUGACUUCCAAGUUUACUGUCCCUGAUCCAGAGUCAUAUACCAGCUCUGCAUCAAAGGUGCAGCCUCAAAGAAGUACUGAUGGUCCGAUCAGCCCAAAGAAAAUCAGAAACGUGACACAUGUUUAGGAUGUACUUCUCCAGGAAAAGUCCUCUGUCAGCUGCAUGUUACACGUUUGGAUGGCUUCCUACAACAAAGAAAGGUCACCACCAGUUCUGUCAUUUUAAGCUGCAGGUUAUUUUUUGUUUAUUUUUCAUUAAUGAAAUGAAAUUGCAACCUUUACCAUGUAGCAUAUACUAUCUCAGCAAAAUAAUGGACAUGAAUGACAACCUUAAAUUCAGAGGCAAUGAAUUUCAUAGGACGCUAGAAUCCGUGCUUUGGGUCCCAAGGAAGCCAGCAAAACUCCUUAUUGGGCAGAUAUCUUUGGUUAUCCACAGCAAGGGCAAGGACUGUAACUGUUAGAGAUUUAUUAGUUCAGAAAAGCUAGUUAACAAUAAUACUGAUUGAUACAAUACCUGCUGCAUUUUUAAAAUUUACUUUAUGUACAACUGAUCCUCUUAAGCUCGUAAAUCAAGAACACUUUUCAAUUUCUGUUUUGUAAUAAAAUCAAGGGAAAUUUUCAUCAGGGUUGUUUUGAAAUUUCUAACAAAACAAUCUCUGGAUCAGAAAAAAUUUUUUUCAUUUCAAUACAUUCUUUUGUCAAAGUAUUUUUUUAAAUGAUUUUCCAGCGUUAAGUAAAAAGCAAUCACCCACAUGCCAGAAAGUCCUGUUUUGACUGAAAGGCAAAAAUCUUCAGCUGAGAAAUGUGGAUUCAGCAACUUCAGUUGUUGCUUGAAUGCUUUAUGCCUCUGUUUUAUCUGUGGGCUCUGAGUUUGUCAGCCAAUUGAUGUGUGUCACAGAGAAUGGUGGCUGGUGAUAUUCAUGCUGCACCCUGUUGUUUUGUCAAGGAUGGAGUUGACAGUGACUGUGGGAAAUACAACCUGGCUAGGUAACCUAUCCAGUAGAGCAGAUCUGGGACCCUAUACGUGCCUUCCCAAACUAAAAAUAAUGAUUUCUAGCAGAAAUGUCUUGCCUGAAAUUGUAUACUUCACCAUAAAAAUUUUCAGCUUAUUAAUUUUUUACACAAAGGCAAACUUCCUUCACAAAAGAGGCUGUUUUCUAGUAUACUCUCCUUUCCAGCCACUCAAAGCAUUCUGAAGUAUCCAAUGUUUUUCACAUUAGUCUUUCAUAUGAACCUAUGCAUGUGCUUUUUGAGUGCUGAAAGAAGUAGAAACAGAAUUACUUCUUCAGUGAUAUUCUGUGCAAUGAAAAUAAGAAAUCCAAACCCUGAUCUCAGGAAAAAGUUGUGUUGCAUGUUCAGCAUUUGGCUGCAUGUUCAGCAUUCUGCUGAAUUUUUGCUUUUGCACUGUUGGUCGCUUUUUUUUUUUUUUUUUCUGUCAGUCUUUCAGAACAAGAGCUGAAACAAAUUCAUAUCCUGUCAUGUGCAAUUAUUGUUUCAAAUUCUGGCGGUCUCCACUCUUUCUGUCUUGGUCGGAUAAAGCAGAGCUUUGAAAUGCAUUCUCAUGAACUACAUGGUAUGUAAAUAACAGUAGUGUUAUAUAAAAAAUACAAAUAAUUUA